AUGGGCGUCUCCACGGGCGCCUCACUGGUCCUGAGCGCCGCGCUGGGCUCGGGGGAAGCGCUGCCGGCCUGGCUGCACUUCGAUCCCUCCAAGGGCGCCUUUUCGGGAACGCCACCGGUGCUGGAGGACUUGCAAUUAACUCUGCACGCGAGCGUAGGCAUUUGGGGACCCGCCAUCAACACCUCGCUUGCCCUCCACGUGUCGCCGGCGGUGAAAACGAAGACGACGUCGCAAUCGAGGUUGCUGGCGCCCCCGCAGCUGCCAGUGUUCCGAGCACCGGAAGCUGGGGCGGAUAUGGAUGUGCUGGUGCAGCACCACUUCUCUGCAGCGGCGCCCAAGAUCCACCUCAACGGCGCCGCGCGCCCUCGCGCAUCGUUGGAUGGCGAAGCGUUGCCAUCUUGGCUGGCCUUCGACCCUGAAACGAUGACCUUCAGCGGCCGACCCACUCAGGUGGGUGAGUUCCAAGUCUCCAUCCGGGACACCUUGUCCGACCGCACCAUGAUGACCUUGCUGCUACGCGCCAAACGUGCACCAUCAAGCAGUGCAGAAGCGGCGGAGUUUGGUUCGCCUGAGCAAGCGAUGGACAGUGUGAACACCGUAGGCGCGCAGAGCUGGGACAGUGCUUCAUCAUCGACGUUUUCAAGGUCCUUGGGCCCUCCAGUGGGCAACCCACACCCCUCGGGGCCCUUGAUCCUUGGGAUGGUUCCUGAUCAAAGCGCAGCAGUUUCGAAACCAUUUGGAUUUCAGCUUCCAGAGGGUGUGACUACAGACACUGGUGUCAGUUUCACUGCAUCUUUGGCGGAUGGUUCGCCCUUACCAAGUUGGUUGAAGUUUGAUGCCAAACAGAGGGCGUUCACAGGGACCCCGCCUCAGGAGAUGGAACUUGGAAUCUCUUUGAAGGGAAGCCGUUCAUUCGGCGGAUCUGCCAAGACGGGGUUCUUGCUGAAAGUUGGUUCGGGUGGCUCCAAGCCUUUUGUAGCAGGUCAGUUGCCUGGAAUGACUGCCACAGCGGGCCAACUGUUCACAGGCGUAAUUCCACGGUCUGUUAUUUCAGAUCCUGAUGGUGACAUUUUGACAUUCAGUCUUUCUUCGGAAGAGGGCAAAUUGCCAGAUUGGCUUCACUUUGACCCCAACCUGAUGAUAGUGUCCGGGGUGCCUGACAAAGAGCAGCAGUUGGAACUUACUGUGACAGGAAAGGACAAAGACGGACACUUCGCCUCAACUCCAUUACACCCCGAAGCUCCGCCGAUGCGGUGGCGCCUCGCAACGCUCCUUUUGCGCCUCGCGGACCUGGCGGAGCUGGCUCUGGGCUGGAGCUUCGACACAGACACGGUGUGGAACGACUGGUCCAGCCAUCCACACGAGGACCUCACGUCCAAGUGCUUCGACGCCACAAGAAGUGUCAGCACAUGGACAGAGAGUCAAAGGACCUAUUGCUGUGAGGUCGUGGGUUAUGGCUGCCACUCUCCGCGCCCGCGUACGCCGGAGCCGCCAACGCCCAAGCGUCUGCCGCAUGAUGCGGUGGAGCGGAUCCAACUGCCUCCAGUGACCGUGCGGGUGGGCCAGAGAUUUGAGGUGCCUGUGGGAACCUUCCUGGGCGUUGACGUGACGGUCACUGCGAACGGUGAAGCCAUGGGAGGCUGGCUCCACUUCGAUGGACGGCAUGGCGCCCUCCACGGCGAAGCCCUGGCCACGGGCACCUGGCGCGUGGUGCUGCGGCCGGCGCUCGAGCCCGGACGGCCGCGCGGCAGCGCGCAACUGGAGCUCUUCGUUGUAGACGACAGAACACCGGUGACCCAGCAGGGUAUUUUAGCGCCAGUCUCCUUUCAGCCGUUGCUGGUGCAGCAUAUCCCAGAUAUGCAGGCGGUGGUAGGUCAAGAAUUCAAAUCAACGAUUCCAGCAGGUAGCAUCGUGGACCCCAACCUGGGCGUCUCCAGGGGCACCUCGCUGAUUCUGAGCGCUGCAUUGAGCUCGGGCGACGCGCUGCCGGGCUGGCUGCACUUCGAGCCGCUGAGGGCGGCCUUUUGGGGCACGCCGCCCUAUGUGGAGGAUCUGCAAUUGGCACUGCGCGCAAGCAUUGGUCUUUGGGGCCCUGCCAUUCGCACCACGCUGACCCUCCACGUGCUCCCAGCACCCACGGCAUCGGCGCCAUGGAAGUUGCUGGCGUCGCCACAGCUGCCCGUGUUUCGAGCGCCGGAUUUGGAAGUGCUGGUACAGCGCCGCUUCUCUGAAGCGGCGCCAAGGAUCGAGAUGAACCCCGCGAUGAUUCUGAGCGCAUCCUUGGACGGCGAAGCCUUGCCAGCUUGGUUGACCUUCCAAGCGAGCAACAUGACCUUCAGCGGCGAAGCACCACAGGUCGGCGAUUUCCAGGUGUCCAUUCACGACAGCUUCUCCGACCGUGCAGUCAUGACCUUCUUGUUACGUGCCCAACGUGCGCCAAACACUGGUACCCCGGCUUCAACCGAGCACGUCGAGUUGCCCGUGCCCGAAAGUGUCAGCAAGAAAGGCCCUCAGACCUCUGAAGCAGGCCCUGUAGCAAGGCCCUUGGGCCCGCUGACGCUUGGGGUGGUUCCUGAUCAAGCUGCAGAAGUGGCCAAACCAUUUGGAUUUCAGGUUCCAGAGGGUGUGACUACAGACACUGGUGUCAGUUUCACUGCAUCUUUGGCGGAUGGUUCGCCCUUACCAAGUUGGCUGAAGUUUGACACCAAACAGAUGUCCUUUACAGGGACGCCUUCUCAGGAGACUGAACUUGGAAUCUCUUUGAAGGGAACACAUGCAUCGUCUGGCCUGUCUGCCAAGACGGGUUUCUUGCUGAAAGUUGGUUCGGGCGGCUUCAAGCCUUUCAUAGCAGGUCAUUUGCCGGGAAUCACUGCCACAGCGGGCCAACUGUUCACAGAGUCAAUUCCACGGUCUGUCAUUUCAGAUCCUGACGGUGACAUUUUGGCAUUCAGUCUUUCUUCGGAAGAGGGCAAAUUGCCAGAUUGGCUUCACUUCGACCCCAACCUGAUGAUAGUUUCCGGGGUGCCUGACAAAGAGCAGCAGUUAGAACUUCGCGUUACAGGAAGGGACACCGAUGGACACUCUGCGUCAACUCCACUGCAACUCCGAGUGCAAGAAGGUGUGAGCACAGACGUGCUUCAACCCACCCUUGGCGCGAGCUCUGCUGGGGACUCUGGUUCUGGUGGUUCUAGUGACGUCAGGGGCAGUAGCGCAUCUAGAUCGAGCAGUUCUGAUGCUGACCAACCAUCGGUGAAGGAACGGACUGGUCCUACUUCAACUGCAGCUGCUGUAACUUCUGAGCCGGCCGCGGAAAGUGCAAGCAACGGUGGUGGUGACACGACCUCUGGCACUAGCGGUGCCACUACAACAGAUAGGUCUGCUUCAAGUGAUUCCUUAGGCCCGCUGAGCCUUGGGGUGGUUCCUGAUCAAACUGCAGAAGUGGCCAAACCAUUUGGAUUUCAGGUUCCAGAGGGUGUGACUACAGACACUGGUGUCAGUUUCACUGCAUCUUUGGCAGAUGGUUCGCCCUUACCAAGUUGGCUGAAGUUUGACACCAAACAGAUGUCCUUUACAGGGACGCCUUCUCAGGAGACUGAACUUGGAAUCUCUUUGAAGGGAACACAUUCAUCGUCUGGCCGAUCUGCCAAGACGGGUUUCUUGCUGAAAGUUGGUUCUGGCGGCUUCAAGCCUUUCAUAGCAGGUCAUUUGCCGGGAAUCACUGCCACAGCGGGCCAACUGUUCACAGAGUCAAUUCCACGGUCUGUCAUUUCAGAUCCUGACGGUGACAUUUUGGCAUUCAGUCUUUCUUCGGAAGAGGGCAAAUUGCCAGAUUGGCUUCACUUCGACCCCAACCUGAUGAUAGUUUCCGGGGUGCCUGACAAAGAGCAGCAAUUAGAACUUCGCGUUACAGGAAGGGACACCGAUGGACACUCUGCGUCAACUCCACUGCAACUCCGAGUGCAAGAAGGUGUGAGCACAGACGUGCUUCAACCCACCCUUGGCGCGAGCUCUGCUGGGGACUCUGGUUCUGGCGGUUCUAGUUCAGGCACGGGCACUGAUAGCGCAUCUAGAUCGAGCAGUUCUGAUGCUGACCAACCAUCGGUGAAGGAACGGACUGGUCCUACUUCAACUGCAGCUGCUGUAACUUCUGAGCCGGCCGCGGAAAGUGCAAGCAACGGUGGUGGUGACACGACCUCUGGCACUAGCGGUGCAACUAGGUCGGAUGGGUCCGCUUCAAGUGCUUCCUUGGGCCCGCUCAGCCUUGGGGUGGUUCCUGAUCAAACUGCAGAAGUGGCCAAACCAUUUGGAUUUCAGGUUCCAGAGGGUGUGACUACAGACACUGGUGUCAGUUUCACGGCAUCUUUGGCGGACGGUUCGCCCUUACCAAGUUGGCUGAAGUUUGACACCAAACAGAUGUCGUUCACAGGGACGCCUUCUCAGGAGACUGAACUUGGAAUCUCUUUGAAGGGAACACAUGCAUCGUCUGGCCGGUCUGCCAAGACGGGUUUCUUGCUGAAAGUUGGUUCGGGCGGCUUCAAGCCUUUCAUAGCAGGUCAUUUGCCGGGAAUCACUGCCACAGCGGGUCAACUGUUCACGGAGUCAAUUCCACGGUCUGUCAUUUCAGAUCCUGACGGUGACAUCUUGGCAUUCAGUCUUUCUUCGGAAGAGGGCAAAUUGCCAGAUUGGCUUCACUUCGACCCCAACCUGAUGAUAGUUUCCGGGGUGCCUGACAAAGAGCAGCAGUUAGAACUUAGCGUUACAGGAAGGGACACCGAUGGACACUCUGCGUCAACUCCACUGCAACUCCAAGUGCAACAAGGUGUGAGCACAGACGUGCUUCAACCCACCCUUGGCGCGAGCUCUGCUGGGAACUCUGGUUCUGGCGGUUCUAGGGAAGGCACGGGCACUGAUAGCGCAUCUAGAUCGAGCGGUUCUGGUGCUGACCAACCAUCGGUGAAGGAACGGACUGGUCCUACUUCAACUGCAGCUGCUGUAACUUCUGCGCCGGCCGCGGAAAGUGCAAGCAGUGGUGGUGGUGACACGACCUCUGGCACUAGCGGUUCCACUACGUUGGAUGGGUCUGCUUCAAGUGAUUCCUUGGGCCCACUGAGCCUUGGGGUGGUUCCUGAUCAAACUGCAGAAGUGGCCAAACCAUUUGGAUUUCAGGUUCCAGAGGGUGUGACUACAGACACUGGUGUCAGUUUCACUGCAUCUUUGGCGGAUGGUUCGCCCUUACCAAGUUGGCUGAAGUUUGACACCAAACAGAUGUCCUUUACAGGGACGCCUUCUCAGGAGACUGAACUUGGAAUCUCUUUGAAGGGAACACAUUCAUCGUCUGGCCGAUCUGCCAAGACGGGUUUCUUGCUGAAAGUUGGUUCGGGCGGCUUCAAGCCUUUCAUAGCAGGUCAUUUGCCGGGAAUCACUGCCACAGCGGGUCAACUGUUCACGGAGUCAAUUCCACUGUCUGUCAUUUCAGAUCCUGACGGUGACAUCUUGGCAUUCAGUCUUUCUUCGGAAGCGGGCAAAUUGCCAGAUUGGCUUCACUUCGACCCCAACCUGAUGAUAGUUUCCGGGGUGCCUGACAAGGAGCAGAAGUUGGAACUUAGCGUUACAGGAAGGGACACCGAUGGACACUCUGCGUCAACUCCACUGCAACUCCGAGUGCAAGAAAGUGAACGCGAAUUUCAUUCAGUUUCUGGUGCUGGCACUGCUUUGUCAGGAGCGGCCACACCGCUGGAAGGGUUGCAGCUUCCACGCGGAAAGUCUGUCACCGUGGAAGGCGGUGACAGUGGUGCAUUGGAUGCUGCAGUGCCUACGGUGAAAACGGCGACGGAGAGUGGAGCUGGCUUCCCGGCCUGCCUGGCCCAGCGCCCGCAAGUGCUUCAGCCAGCGUGGCCACAGAGAGUGGAGAACACAGUGCCGCGCUUCGGCCUUCACUUGGCAGCGAGUCGAAAGUUUCCAGGCCUGGCCCAGCGCCCGCAAGUGCUUCAGCCAGCGUGGCCACAGAGAGUGGAGAACACAGUGCCGCGCUUCGGCCUUCACUUGGCAGCGAGUCGAAAGUUUCCAGGCCUGGCCCAGCGCCCGCAAGUGCUUCAGCCAGCGUGGCCACAGAGAGUGGAGAACACAGUGCCGCGCUUCGGCCUUCACUUGGCAGCGAGUCGAAAGUUUCCAGGCCUGGCCCAGCGCCCGCAAGUGCUUCAGCCAGCGUGGCCACAGAGAGUGGAGAACACAGUUCCAGAGGGUGUGACUACAGACACUGGUGUCAGUUUCACUGCAUCUUUGGCGGAUGGUUCGCCCUUACCAAGUUGGCUGAAGUUUGACACCAAACAGAUGUCGUUCACAGGGACGCCUUCUCAGGAGACUGAACUUGGUCAUUUGCCGGGAAUCACUGCCACAGCGGGUCAACUGUUCACGGAGUCAAUUCCACGGUCUGUCAUUUCAGAUCCUGACGGUGACAUCUUGGCAUUCAGUCUUUCUUCGGAAGAGGGCAAAUUGCCAGAUUGGCUUCACUUUGACCCCAACCUGAUAAUAGUUUCCGGGGUGCCUGACAAGGAGCAGAAGUUAGAACUUAGCGUUACAGGAAGGGACACCGAUGGACACUCUGCGUCAACUCCACUGCAACUCCGAGUGCAAGAAGGUGCCUUGGAUAUGUGA